UCGCACCGCUCGCGCGCUCGCGCGGUCGCCGCGAUGUUCGCCUCGCGCGCGUCGGCGACGUCAUCCUCGACGUGGCGCCACGCCGCGCGCGUCGUGAGCGACGACGUCGGCGCGCUGGCGGCGCAAUUCGGAUUUAAAUUGCGCGCCGGUGAACACGCGACGCCACGCGCCGUCGCGUCGCGCGUGCGCGCGCCCGACGCCGCGCUGGACGCGCGCGUGACGCUCAUCUACGCGAUAAUCAUGUUCGCGUUCAACUGGUUGUUACGGCGCGCCGUCGUCGAACCGCUAGCGGGACGACUGAUGGGUUACGGCGCGCGCGGCGUCGGCGGCGCGCGCAAGGCGCGACGACGAAAGAUGGAAAAGUUCGCGCAGAGCGCGCUCGAGAUGGCGACGUACGGGACGUUCACGAUCAUCGGGUGCGCGAUAGUGCCUGGACAGCGAUGGUUCUGGCCGUCGAGCGAGUGGUGGAUCGGGGCACCGGUGAAGACGCGGGCGACGGAGAGCGCGCUGCGGGCGUACUAUCUGGCGUACGGGGCGCGAUACGUCGCGGGGGCGGCCAACGUGUUUCUCGAACAUAAGCGGAAAGAUUUUUGGGAGAUGCAAUUGCAUCAUUUUGCGACGAUCGGAGUGAUUUGGGUGUCGUACAUCGUCGGUUGGACGCGCGUGGGGGCGGUGAUCAUGCUCGUGCUGGACCCGGCGGACGUACCGUUGCACGCGGCGAAGUGCGCGAAGUACGUCGGGGACGCGCGCGGGGAUAAGAAAUAUCAACUCGCCGCCGACGUGUUGUUCGGUAUUUUUCUCGUCAUAUUUUUCGUCAUGCGACUGGUGAUGUAUCCGUACGUGGUGUACUCCGUGCACUUCGAGGCGAGGCGGUAUUUUAGCCCAUCGAUCCCGUACUGGCUGUGCGUCGCGUUGCUCUACGUCAUUCUCGGCUUGCAGGUGUAUUGGUUUAAACUCAUCGUCAACGUCGUGCACAAGGUGCUAGCGACCGGAAACGCGGAGGACGUGAGGAGCGACGAUGAAGACGAACCAAAUGGCGCCAAAGCGCACCACGAUUGAGCCGAUGUGGCGCCACAGUACAUUAUAAAAUUAUUGCCGAGCCUCGCCGCGAAGGCGUCCCGUU